GCAUCUUGCAUGCAUUGAGGUAUACAUUCUUCAUCAUUACACAAGCUAUCAAGGAACAUGUGAAAAAAAAAAAAAAAGUUGUGGAUAUUCUGAAUUUAAAUUUCGACCUUUCUUUCUAUUUCCCUUUUUGACCUUUUCUUCAGAAAAAACUAAAGAAAUGGGAUUCGAAAACAAGAAAGUUGCCAUUGUUACAGGUGCUAACGGUGGCGUAGGUUACGGCAUUUGUCAACACUUGUUAGAGUCUGAAUGCGAUAAUUUAAUUCUUGUCAUGGCUUGUCGUAAUCCAGCAAGGGCAAAUAACGCUCGAGAAAGAUUAUUAUUGGAAUUUCCACUUGCUCAUAUCGACAUUGAACUAGUUGAUGUGGGUAGUGUUCAAAGUGUCUUGACUUUUUCUGAGGCCAUCAUAAACAAGUACACCCAAGUCAAUUACUUGUUUUGUAACGCAGGUAUUUUGAGUACUCUCGGUGUCAAUUGGAAGCAAGUGUUUUAUUUAUUGUUCACCGAUCCUGUUGGAUUACUCGAACGUGCAGAUGCUACCAUUCAACCUGUGGGUGAGAUUAACGAAGAUGGCAUGGGCAAAGUGUUUGCUUGUAACGUCUUUGGGCACUAUGUCAUGAUGCGUGAAUUGGAAAAGUUAUUAUCCAACUCGGGUGACGGUCGCAUUAUUUGGACAAGUUCAAUUACAGCCGCUUGCACUUCAUUUGACAUUGAUGAUUGGCAAGGCAUCAAGAGUAUCGAACCCUAUGAAUCGUCAAAAUGGGCUUGUGAUAUUAUUUCAAUUGCUCUCAGUGAGCGUUUUGCAAAGGAGUCUACUCAAAUAUCAUCCUUUACUACUUCUCCUGGUGUAGUUGCCAGCGAAAUCGGCGAAUUACCUCGUUGGGUAACCAAUGCCAGAAUUGUUGCACAUUAUAUGUUUCGUAUAAUGGGUGUUGCCUCACAAACCAUCACGGCCUACAAUGGCGCUUUAGCGGAUGUUUAUGCAGCACUCGAACCUCUCAAAAAAAUGAAUUUCUUGUACCGCUACGGCUCCUUAUCUAAUCGUUGGGGCAAAACAUACGUUUGUGCUACGCCUGUAGAGAAUUAUGAUCGCAGCACUGCCCAAAAAUUGGUGGACAAUUGUGAAUUAUCUUAUCAGGCCUACAAAAAAAACACGGCUAUCAGGACAGCAGCACCUAUGGAUUUAAAAUGAAAAAACAUAUACUUUCCAAGUUAAUUUAUUUACUCAUUCUGCAUUACACAAAAAACUAUUAAUUUCAAAUUCUCCUUAAUAAUACGUCUCUUUAAAAAGCGUAUCGCUGUCAGUUAUAUAAUGUUUAUACGAAUACCGAUCAAGCACAAAUCAGGAUCAUUCAUUUGAAUGUAUCAAGUGUAUCAAGUGUAACAUUUCUUUUUUUUUUUUUUU